AUGUUGGUUAACGUCAACCUUUUCGCUGCUGCACUACAAUCUGGCGUUGUCAAGGGCAACGCAGAUGAGCCCAUAGCUGUCCGCACUGUUUUCGGCUGGUUGGUGAUGGGUGAGUGCCCUAUAAACGUUAACACUUCUCGUUCUCGUUGUCAUAAAGGUUCAGAAGGUGAUACUCAGAGGUGCUAUCUCGUGUCGAGUCUAUCAUUAGACAAUAAUAUCAAGCGCUUCUGGGAACUGGAAAGUGUAGAUCCUCCCAAAAAUAUCGUUUUGUCGAAAUCAGAAAUGUCGUGUGAAAACCAAAUGGAAACUUCAUAUUGUCGCACUCCUGAGGGUAGGAUGGUAGUACCAUUAACUUAUGUCGAUCCUCAGGAUAAACCCAGGUUUUCAAAUUGUCGUGAGAUAGCUCUCAAGCGUCUCUUAAAUUUAGAGAGGAAAUUCAAAUUGAAUCCUCAGUUUCGGACAGCUUAUGUCAAUUUCAUGGAUGACUACCUUAGUUGCGGUCACAUGGUGGAAGUUGAUCCUCCCUUGUCGUCUGAAGGUCAGUUUUAUUACAUCCCCCACCACGGAAUUUUGCGCCCUGACUCCUCCACUACUCCUCUUCGUUGUGUUUUUGACGCCAGCGCCCAAGAUUCUUCAGGGAAGUCCUUGAAUGAUACACUGCUCGCCGGCCCUAAAUUGCAAAAUAACAUAUUUGACUUGUUGGCUCGUUUUCGAUGGCAUGCAGUAGUGUUCACCGGUGACAUCAAACAAAUGUACCGGCAGUUCCUUGUCGAUUUGCAGGACUGCGACUAUCAGCGCAUUUUGUGGCGUCCGUCACCUGAUGACCCUGUGAAAGAUUAUCGUUUGCUCACAGUGACCUAUGGUGUGUCCUGUGCUCCAUAUCAGGCGCUCUGGUGCAUAUCGAAAUUAGCAAAGGAGUUUUCGUCUCGUGCUCCUCAAGGUGCUGCAGUGUUGGCCAGGGAUGCGUAUGUCGACGACGUCGUUUCAGGUGCAGACUCAGUCGAAGAUGCGUUAGUGUUACGACAACAGUUGGUGCAAAUAUUAUCGUCUGCUCAGCUUCAUCUGCGCAAAUGGACCUCUAAUAGCCCUGAAUUCUUAGGCAGCUUGCCUGGUUCAGAGCUGUAUUCAGAUCAACUUCACAAUUUCGAAAACGUCCAUGAUUUAUCGUUAAAAAUUCUCGGUUUGUCGUGGCUUCCAAGGAAGAUACUUUCACAUUCAAGACCUCCUUGA